GAGGUAUCCUCGGAUAUUCCUUCCUCAAUCCAUCUGCUUCUACGGAAUCUGUCAGCAAUCCCGACGGGACGCAGCCAGCUUGAAUCUGUGCCAAUCCUUUGAUUUUAGCUGCUGGUGUUGUCUGCUUCAUUCUGUGGCGGUGCAGGCAGCCAGACGACCAUUCUCCAUGAGGAGCAGUGGAAGAUGCCGGCUCUGCCAGCUCUGCUGCUGUCGAUUCACUUCCUCUUCCUCCUCCUGCUGCUUCUGACCAUGGCCCCGUCCUCCCACAGCCAUGCUCCCGUUCUUGCAGCUGUCAGGAUGGCUGCUAUUUUAGAUGAUCAAUCAGCAUGUGGACGGGGAGAACGGUUGGCUUUAGCUCUGGCCCGAGAGAACAUCAACAGUGUGAUGGAGGGCCCGUCACGAGCUCGCGUGGAGGUUGACAUCUUUGAACUUCAGAGAGACUCUCAGUACGAGACUACCGACACAAUGUGUCAGAUCUUGCCAAAGGGAGUGGUCUCUGUUAUUGGUCCAGCCUCUAGUCCUGCUUCUGGAUCAACUGUCAGUCAUAUAUGUGGGGAAAAAGAGAUCCCUCACGUAAAGAUUGGUCCAGAGGAGACUCCGCGCUUGCCAUAUCUGCGCUUUGCCUCAGUGACGCUGUAUCCUAGCAACGAGGACUUGAGCUUGGCCAUCGGUGCCAUCCUGCGUUCUUUCAGUUACCCUACGGCCAGCUUGAUCUGUGCCAAAGCAGAGUGCCUGCUACGAUUGGAGGAGCUUGUGCGUCACUUCCUCAUCUCCCGGGAAACUCUUUCAGUCAGAAUGCUUGAUGAAAACUUGGACCCCACCCCCCUGCUGAAGGAAAUCCGUGAUGACAAAGUUGCAACUAUUAUUAUUGACGCCAAUGCAUCAGUGUCAAUACUAAUACUAAAGAAGGCCUCAGAAUUAGGAAUGACUUCAGCCUUCUACAAGUACAUCCUCACCACAAUGGAUUUCCCUCUGUUGCGACUGGAUGAUGUGGGAGAUGAUCAGACAAAUAUAGUUGGCUUCUCCAUGCUGAACAGCAGUCAUCCUUUCUACCUAGAGUUCAUCAGGAGUCUGAACCUGUCAUGGAGGGAAGGCUGUGAUAUCAGCCCUUACCCUGGUCCAGCGUUGUCAUCAGCACUGAUGUUCGAUGCGGUGCAUGUGGUUGUUGGGGCAGUGCAAGAACUGAACCGCAGUCAGGAGAUUGGCAUGAAGCCUCUUAGUUGCACAUCCUCCCUCAUCUGGCAGCAUGGCACCAGUCUCAUGAACUACCUGCGCAUGGUAGAGUAUGAUGGCCUGACAGGCCAUGUGGAGUUUAACAGCAAAGGCCAGCGGACCAAUUACACCCUGCGUAUUCUCGAAAAAGUCAAGGGAGGUCACAAAGAGAUUGGUGUAUGGUACUCCAAUAACACAUUGGCUAUGAACGCCACAUCUUUAGACAUCAAUACGUCUGAGACGUUAGCCAACAAGACACUUAUCGUCACCACAAUAUUGGAAGAUCCAUACGUGAAGCGCAAGUCAAACUACCAGGACUUUCAGGGUAACGAUCAGUACGAGGGAUUCUGUGUGGAUAUGCUGCGGGAGCUGGCGAAUAUAUUGAAGUUUUCUUUCCGGAUCAAGCUAGUAGAUGACGGGCUCUAUGGAGCUCCAGAACCUAAUGGGUCAUGGACCGGCAUGGUGGGGGAGCUCAUCAACAGGAAAGCUGAUCUAGCUGUAGCUGGAUUUACCAUCACAUCCGAGAGGGAAAAGGUCAUAGAUUUCUCCAAACCUUUCAUGAACCUAGGCAUCAGUAUCCUGUACCGUGUUCAUAUAGGCAGGAAGCCAGGUUAUUUCUCUUUCUUGGAUCCCUUUUCUCCAGCCGUCUGGCUCUUUAUGCUGUUAGCCUAUCUGGCUGUUAGCUGUGUCCUUUUCCUGGCAGCCAGACUGAGUCCUUAUGAAUGGUAUAACCCCUUCCCGUGUUGGCGUGACCGCAAGGAUCUCCUGGAGAACCAGUACACACUGGGAAACAGCCUGUGGUUUCCAGUCGGUGGUUUCAUGCAGCAGGGCUCAGAGAUAAUGCCCAGGGCCCUCUCUACACGCUGUGUCAGUGGGGUUUGGUGGGCAUUCACGCUGAUCAUCAUCUCCUCCUACACGGCGAACCUUGCAGCGUUCUUGACGGUCCAGAGGAUGGAGGUGCCAAUCGAAUCGGCUGAUGACUUAGCAGAUCAGACGAACAUCCAAUAUGGCACGAUUCAAGGAGGAAGUACUAUGACCUUCUUUAUGAAUUCACGCUACCAGACGUACCAACGCAUGUGGAAUUACAUGUACUCCAAACAGCCCAGUGUGUUCGUGAAAAGCACAGAGGAGGGAAUAGCACGGGUUUUAAACUCCAGAUAUGCUUUCCUGCUAGAGAGCACAAUGAACGAGUAUCACCGCCGCCUCAACUGCAACCUCACACAGAUAGGAGGACUGCUGGACACCAAGGGCUACGGCAUCGGCAUGCCUCUGGGCUCUCCAUUCAGAGAUGAGAUCACGUUAGGUGUGCUGCAACUGCAGGAGAACAACAGAUUAGAAAUCCUGAAACGUCGUUGGUGGGAGGGAGGAAAGUGUCCUAAAGAGGAGGACCAUCGAGCUAAAGGUCUAGGUAUGGAGAAUAUCGGUGGAAUAUUCGUGGUGCUGAUAUGUGGGCUCAUAAUAGCUGUUUUUGUAGCCAUUAUGGAAUUCGUGUGGUCCACACGCCGGUCGGCCGAGACAGACGAGGUGUCAGUAUGUCAAGAAAUGAUGACUGAAUUCAGGAAUGUCAUCUCCUGUAAAAAGAACUCUCGUUUGCGGCGCCGUCGCCCCCUCUCAUCUCAGGGUGUCCUGCGCCACCCAGCCCGUCUCCCUUUAGGAGCUCCCAGGCCCAUUCGUCUUGUCCGGGAGAUGCGUCUCAGCAAUGGCAAACUCUACAGCGGGACAGGGUCAUUAACUGGAGCCACAACAGGACCAGGAGUGGGUGCUGUGGAAAUGGGCCCAGGCCCUCAGCGACUGCUGGAGGACCCUCUGACUGUCAAUGUCUCGAAUAACCCAUCAUCUUUGAUCCCACCUGCAGCGCCACGUGGCUGUACGCACGUUCGAGUUUGCCAGGAAUGUCGGCGAAUACAGAGCCUUCGUUCCAUGUCGUCUUGUUCGCGUAUCUCACCGUUGACAUCAGCCACGUCUUCUCUUCCGCGUCUACCCCCGCCCCCUUCCGCCUCCAACACAAACACUGACAGCGAGGGAGGGGACUCGGUCAGUCCACGUAGGCCGAAACCUAUGCCCCCUCCAAGGCCAAUACCGCCAACUAAAACUCCUUCUACUGAUCUGCUCUGCAAGCAGGACUGAGACCAUGGGAAGAGACUGUGUUAAGGAAAUCAUUGUUGACACAUUAAAUACAUGUAACAUGUGUGCAUUGCUGGAGGUCAAGCAGAUACACCCCAAGCAGAGACUCAUAAAUAGCUCUGUCAACACCUUCAGUUAAAGUGACCUCUGGGAUACUGCAAAAAAAUGGGAUAUUCUUGGAGUUGAGGUCCUUGCAAAAAACUGAUGCAAACUUCAUUGAAUCUUAGCAAGAGAAUCGAAUCAGAGAUGAUUCAGCUAACCAUUUCUGUUACAAGUGUCCGAUUUAAAUCCAUGUCAUGCAAUGGCACGGGGAAAGCCAGUAAGGUUUGGCACAUUGUUGAGACUAUGUAAUGCAUAUCCCAUGAAAGUAUGCUAUGCAACAUGUCAUAAAGGGAAAAACUGAGGGAAAAUGAACGGAUGACUAUCAAUUUUACAGGAGAGGGGCAGCUUACGCUCUCUUCUCCAUGAUUUGUGAUGGGGGACUACAGUCCUGGGAGGACCGUAGUGUCUGUACCGAUGUGUGCAUAUAAAACUGAUAUGACUUUGGUGCAAAUUAAUUUUCUUUCUUUCUCUCUUUCUGUAAUAGUAAAAUGAGAAGGGGAGGGUAACAAACAGUGCUCCAGAAUCUGGUUCUAUUCCUGAAUGUCACUUGCUUCCUUUCCUUUCUAGCUGCUUUUUUCCAUCUUA